UGACAUUAUAAAAAUAAAAUUGUCGUUCGCAUAUUCGUCCGUUUUUAUUUAAUGAACGUCAAAUAGAAAUGGAUUUCGAAUUAACUAAAGAAAAUAUCCAGCCGCUUAGAGGAGGAAGGAAUCCAGUUCAGCUAGGAUUAGCUCUUCAAGCAGAAACAAAUCCAGAAAUCAGAAGAGAAUUGCAACUUCAAAGAGAAGCAUUCGAAAAUGCAAUAAGAAACUAUCAAGGGGAUGAUCCUCUUGAAAACUGGUAUCAAUUCAUUUCUUGGAUUGAACAGACGUAUCCAAAAAAUGGUCAUGAAGGAAAUUUAGUUCAGUUACUAGAACACUGCCUUAGCUUAUUUGAAAAUGAUAAACGAUACAUACAUGACAGACGAUUUUGCAGAUUGUGGAUAAAAUAUGUGGAUUAUCAACAAAACCCAUUAGAAUUAUAUCAAAUGAUGCAUGCUAGAGGCCUUUCAGUAGGUUGUGCAGAUUUAUACAAAGCUUGGGCGUAUUAUCAUGAAGCGGCAGGAGAUUACAAAAGUGCGAAUUCUAUUUUUGAAUUAGGAAAACAGGCAUUAGCACAGCCUUAUGAUGAAUUAGAGAUGGCCCACCAAAAUUUAGUUAUGGCAGCUGGAAAACAUAUGUUAUACGGUCCUAGUGAAGAUCAACUACUUGAAAGAAGACAAGCUCUUACUUCCCUACGUACUUAUAAAGGUGGAAAAGCAGUAGGUAGUGUCAGAGUUCCAGCAGCCUCAGGCCCUGGAAUUUAUCCUACUACUUCGAAUGAUAAUGUCAGGCCAAAUGCCGCUAUAACAGUCUAUCAAGAUGAUGGGGACGAAAUUAGGGGAGCUGCUGCUCCCCCUGUUAGUAUUUUGACGGUGGUGAAAAGGCAAGAGGCGCCUAAAGAAAAUCUACUAAAACCGGGACCUUGGUCUCUGUAUCCUUCUAAAAAGAAAAUGGCUGUGGUUCCUAGGAAGCCACCUUUCACAGUUCAUGUAGAUGAUGAGGAUGAUGUUCCUAGUGUUGAUCCUUCUUGUUCAAUCAACAUAAAUAAACCCCUACCUAAUUUUCCUCCAAAAACCAAAGAAACUUACGUUGGCUGGGUGGUUAACUUGACCAUGCCUGAACCAGUUGACAAUCGCUUACUGCCUAUGUAUCCUAAAUCGAGAGUCUAUGCAGAUCCUACUACCGAAUACAGCUUGGAAGAACUUGCAGCCUUAAGAUAUCAAAAAUCAGUGGUACAGCAGAACAGCAUGGUUUCAAUGUCGGUGGAGAAGCCGAACGUUAGCAAUUACAUGCUGGGAAGUUCGUUCAGCACAUCCCAUUCGAGAGAAAUGCAUACAUCUGAGCCGAGGCUCCAAUUAUCGCACCAAAAUGGAAAGUCUUCCGUGAUUCCCAUGCAAACCGGCGAAGUUAUCGACGUAGACCAAUAUUCUAAUCAAAAUCUUGCCGGUUUGAACACCUCUCCCGGUUCUAUUUGCUUCGAGACAUCCAACAGUAACGGAAGACAGGUUCCCCAGAAAAGUUUCCUAAAACCGGCCACUCCAAUAGGUAAUUUCGGAAGAGAAGCUGUUUUGGUGGAUCAAUCGUCUUUCGGGAUGGACAGCUCCAAGUUUUUCCAGGAGAUGACGAGUGUGUCCGAGAUGCCAUCCAUGGCCCCAGUGACCGUUCCCAGUUGUAAUUUCGUCAUUUGGACUUCGCCCUCCGCAGAAAAAGAAGCGCCGAAGCCAAAUGCCGUAAAAUUUUACGACCACGAACAACCAAGAGGUAGCGCCAUGAAGACUCCCUUUAAGGUACUAAGCGCAGAUGAUUUGGCUGAGACAGGGUCAAGGGGCAGCACGGACACGGCGAGCGCCGCCGCCCAACCGAUGGACAGCGCCAACAUCAAACAAAUUUUCGACGAGGAUAGCAACUCGUCCUUCGACGAGAUCAAAGCGAACAUCGUGUAUUCCGACCUGAACAACAGUUGCAAUACGCAAAUGUUCAAUUUCAAUUUGAACGCCAUGAAGGUGAGCACCCCGCAGUCCAAGCAGCACGCCCCGCAGAAUUGUUUCGAACAGGUUAAGGCCACGAAGAAGCAACUCUUCGAAAAUGAGAACGAAACGAAGAAGAGCGAUGAUGCUCUGUCGAUAAUCUACGAGGAGAGUAAAAGUUACGCAUCCAGCUCUAGUUCCAGCGCCGCUACCACCAAAUCCUCGGUGUUGGGCACCACCAAACCCACAGCCAUGACGACGAUCUCCGAGGAACACAACAGCUACUUGGCUCAGAAUCUCAUGGCCAACGAGGCUUUGCGUAAGAGCCUCUUGGGCGAUCUCUUACCCUCCCAAGAAACUUCCCCGGUUACGCGGAUGGAAGACGAACCGAUGUCUUGUUCCAGCCCUCCAGCGACCGACGUCCACAGAAACAGACUGGACGUGGCCCCGUCCGACCCUUUCAAACCGUCGGAAAUCGAGAAACUGCUGAAUCUGGUCUCGUUCCCGGGACCCCACAUCCCCGAGUUUCAUCAGGUAUCGAUGAUACCCAGGAUAUCGGGCAAGAGGGAGACUGUGUCCGUCGGCGGGGAUCAGUACAUGGUGGAAAAAAUAUUGGGUAAAGGUACCUUCGGCACGGUGUAUAAGGCUCAGGACUAUAAGAACGGGAAACCGGUGGCUUUGAAGUAUCAGAAACCGGCCAACAAAUGGGAGUUUUACAUCUGUAGGGAAAUUCAGACCAGAUUACGGAACAAUCCGCUCAGGGAACGCUUCAUGGACGUCACUUCUGGAUAUUUCAGUGAUCAGGCAUCUAUUUUAGUAUAUGCUUUCAUGCCAUAUGGUUCACUUCUAGAUUUGGCCAAUCAAGUGAAAUUAAAAACAGGUAAACCUAUGCAGGAGUGCCUCUGUUUCUACUUCUGCAUUCAGAUGCUCAGAAUAGUGGAAGCCAUGCACCAAAUAAAAAUUAUCCACGCAGACAUAAAGCCAGAUAACUUUUUAAUUCAGUUGACCGCAGAUAGCAUAGAUUUACAAUUAAUAGACUUUGGAUGUAGCAUCGACAUGUCAUUGUACCCACCGAAUACGAGCUUCACAAGAAAGGUACAGACGGAAAGUUUUAUAUGUUGCGAAAUGUUGGAGAACAAACCGUGGAAUUAUCACACCGAUUUGUUCUGCAUAGCGGCAACGACGCAUGUCAUAUUAUUCGAUAAGUAUAUAGAGCUUCAGAAGAAGUAUGACGCUUGGAGCAUAAAGGAAAAAUUCCCAAGAUACAUGAAGUCAGACUUAUGGAACAAAUUUUUUGAUACACUGUUGAAUCGGCAAAAUGAGGCUGGACAUCUGCAGGUUGCUUUAGAUGAAGCUUUAAGUACUCAGUAUGAUAAGUGCAUGAGUGGUAUGAAAACAUUGGUAAAUUUGAUAAGGAAUCGAUAGCAUACAGGGAAAAAGAGGAAACGUCAAAGUUAGAGAGUACCACUCAGAAAAUGUCUGUAGUAAAAUAUGAGGGAUUGGGAAAUUGUUGGGAAAGAUGCACAUUAUUGUUCAAAAGAAUUUUUUUUGAAGAUUUCAACAAUUUUCAUUCAAAUUGUUAUCUUAAGAAUUCAUCACAUUGUAAUGAAUGGAAUUAAUGAUUAUGGAAUCUUUUAUUUAAUUCUUUCUCAAUAUAUUUACUCUCCAUUCAAUGUAUAGCUUAAAUACUCACGAAUCUCAACAUAAGAAUAAGACGUUUCCUUUUAAAAUCUGAUCUAUCUUGUAACUAAAUUAUCAAACUGAAUGGUUUGAAGUUUUAUUGUUCAGUGAUCUAAUAGGAUGUUUAUUUAAGUUAAAAAUAGUAUUAUGUAAUUUACAAAUUAUUAAAACUUUCAUGUAAGUA